AGAAUGCUGCGCGGGCGUGGCCGGAAGCCUCGCGCCUGUGAGUCGAGGGGGCUGGUGGUGGUGCUGUUCUCGCCGCCGCUGGGUGUGGGUCAGUCAUGGCGCUGGAGACCCUUUCGCCGGAUUGGGAGUUCGACCGUGUCGAUGACGGCUCUCAGAAAAUCCAUGCUGAAGUACAGUUGAAGAAUUAUGGGAAAUUCCUUGAAGCAUACACUUCCCAACUGAAGAGAAUUGAAGAUGCGCUGGAUGACUCCGUGGGAGAUGUUUGGGACUUCAAUCUUGAUCCCAUUGCAUUAAAUCUUUUGCCUUAUGAACAGUCUUCCUUACUUGAACUCAUAAAAACGGAAAACAAGGUUCUAAACAAAGUCAUCACUGUGUAUGCUGCUCUUUGCUGUGAAAUCAAGAAAUUAAAAUAUGAGGCAGAAACAAAAUUUUAUAAUGGCCUCUUGUUUUAUGGAGAAGGAGCUAUGGAUUCCAGUAAGUUGGAAGGAGAUAGCCAAAUACAGAUGGGAAGAUUUAUUUCAUUUUUACAGGAGCUGUCCUGUUUUGUGACACGGUGCUAUGAAGUAGUGAUGAAUGUCGUUCACCAGUUGGCUGUCCUUUAUACCAGUAACAAGAGUGCCCCUAAAGUUAUAGAGACAUCAGGAGUUCAUUUUCAGGCUAUGUAUGAGCAUCUGGGGGAACUGUUGACAGUUUUACUCACACUGGAUGAGAUAAUCGAUAAUCAUGCCUUGCUGAAAGAUCACUGGACCAUGUACAAAAGGUUACUGAAAUCUGUCCAUCACAAUCCUUCUAAAUUUGGAGUUCAGGAAGAUAAACUGAAGCCAUUUGAAAAGCUGCUAUUAAAACUGGAAAACCAGUUGUUAGAUGGGAUGAUAUUCCAGGCUUGUAUAGAACAGCAGUUUGAUAGCCUCAAUGGUGGAGUGUCGGUGUCGAAGAAUAGCACUUUUGCUGAGGAGUUUGCACAUAGUAUUCGCACAAUUUUUGCAAAUGUUGAAGCUAAACUGGGUGAACCCUCAGAAAUUGACCAGAGAGAGAAAUAUGUAGGAAUUUGUGGACUCUUUGUACUGCAUUUUCAGAUUUUUCGGACUGUAGACAAGAAAUUCUACAAAUCAUUACUGGACAUUUGCAAAAAGGUGCCAGCUAUCACACUUACUGCUAAUAUAGUUUGGUUUGCUGACAGCUUUCUGAUCCAGAAGGUGCCAGCUGCAGCCAAGCUUCUGGACAAGAAAAGCUACAAUACCAUUAAAACACACAGGGAAACGUUUCUACAGCAGAAGGCCCAGUCACUUACCAAAGAGAUGCAGUCAUAUCAUGUGUUUGUCAGCUCAUGGAUGAUGAAAAUGGAAUCUAUAUUGUCAAAGGAACAACGAAUGGAGAAGUUUGCUGAAGAUCUCACUAACAGGUGCAACAUUUUUAUACAGGGUUUUCUGUAUGCUUAUAGCCUUAGUAAUAUCAUUAAAACUACAAUGAAUCUACACAUGUCAGUGCAGAAGCCAAUGACUAAAACCUCAGUUAAAGCAUUAUGCAGGCUUGUGGAACUUCUCAAAGCAAUAGAACAUACAUUCUACAGAAGAAGUAUGAUUGUCGCUGAUUCAGUCACACACAUAGUUCAGCAUCUUCAGCAUCAGGCUCUUAAUGCUAUUUCUGUAGCUAAGAAAAGAGUAAUUUCUGACAAGAAGUACAGUGAACAGCGCCUUGAUGUACUCUCUGCUCUUGUGUUGGCUGAAAACACCCUCAAUGGUCCUAGCACAAAACAGAGGCGGCUGGUGAUUGCCCUUGCCCUCAGUGUGGGCACGCAAAUGAAAACAUUUAAAGAUGAAGAGCUUCUUCCUCUUCAGGUUGUUAUGAAAAAGCUGGCUAUGAUCAGUGAACUUAGGGAACGAGUCCGAGCACAGUGUGACUGUUGCUUCUUGUACUGGCACAGAACUGUGUUUCCGAUUUAUCUGGAUGAUGUCUAUGAAAAUGCAGUGGAUGCUGCUAGGUUACAUUACAUGUUUAGUGCACUGCGGGACUGUGUACCAGCUAUGAUGCAUGCCAGGCAUUUGGAAUCCCAUGAGAUACUUCUGGAGAGUUACGACAACGAAAUCAUGGAUGUUUUAAAUAAGCACCUUCUGGACAAACUGUGUAAAGAAAUAGAAAAGGACUUGCGCCUCUCUGUGCACACACACUUAAAGCUGGAUGACAGAAAUCCAUUCAACGUUGGGAUGAAGGACCUUGCGCAUUUCUUCUCUUUGAACCCAAUCCGCUUUUUCAAUCGGUUCAUAGAUAUCAAAGCCCAUGUGACUCACUACCUAGACAAGACUUUCUACAAUCUAACCACAGUAGCUCUGCAUGACUGGGCCACGUAUAGUGAAAUGAGAAAUUUAGCAACUCAACGCUAUGGUUUAGUUAUGACAGAAGCACAUCUUCCUAGUCAGACUUUAGAACAGGGCCUUGAUGUUCUCGAAAUUAUGCGGAACAUUCAUGUAUUUGUAUCCCGUUACCUCUACAAUCUCAAUAAUCAGAUCUUCGUUGAGAGAAUCAGCAAUAACAAGCAUUUGAAUACCAUAAAUAUAAGACACAUUGCUAACUCGAUUCGAACACAUGGCACAGGAAUCAUGAACACAACUGUAAAUUUCACCUACCAGUUUCUGAGAAAGAAAUUUUACAUCUUUAGCCAGUUCAUGUAUGAUGAACACAUCAAGUCCAGGCUGAUCAAAGACAUCAGGUUUUUUAGGGAGAUUAAGGAUCAAAAUGACCACAAGUACCCCUUUGAGAGAGCUGAGAAGUUCAACCGGGGAAUCAGAAAACUUGGAAUGACACCUGAUGGACAAAGCUACCUUGACCAGUUCAGGCAACUCAUAAGCCAGAUAGGGAAUGCUAUGGGCUAUGUGCGAAUGAUAAGAUCUGGCGGACUCCAUUGCUGUAGCAGUGCAAUUAGGUUUGUUCCUGAUCUUGAAGAUAUUGUUAAUUUUGAAGAGCUUGUAAAAGAAGAAGGUCUCUCAGAAGAAACACAAAAAGCCGCCAGGCAACUGGAUUUUGUACUUGGUGAUCUCACACGUAACUCUGCGGAAGGCACAGAGUACUUCAAAAUGCUUGUAGAUGUGUUUGCUCCUGAAUUUCGCAGUCCAAAGAACAUGCAUCUACGCAACUUUUACAUAAUAGUUCCUCCACUGGCUCUCAACUUCAUUGAACAUUCAAUCAGCUGCAAGGAGAAGCUGAAUAAAAAGAACAAAGCUGGUGCAGCUUUCACUGAUGAUGGUUUUGCCAUGGGUGUAGCUUAUAUUCUGAAGCUUUUGGACCAGUACCAAGAAUUUGACUCCCUUCACUGGUUCCAGUCAGUACGAGAGAAAUAUGUGAAAGAGAUCAGAGCAGUAGCAAAGCAACAGAAUGUCCAGUCAACAAGUCAAGAUGAAAAGCUGCUGCAGACUAUGAACCUUACUCAUAAACGUCUGGAAGUUUGUUUGCAGGAGUUUGAACUGCUUUAUUUCUCACUAAGCAGUGCAAGGAUCUUUUUUAGAGCAGAUAAAACUGCGGCAGAAGAAAACCAAGAGAAAAAAGAGAGAGAAGAAGAAUCUACAAAAACAAGCAAUGGAGACCUGUCUAACUCAAUUUCUGCAGAUCCUGUUGUGAAAUGAGCUCUGAAAUCUAGAAUGGGGACUUGCUGAAACUGAUUGGACCAAACUGGCAUGGAAUUUUUCGUCUUCUGAAUUGGAAAGUGACCCAGAAUAACAGUCAUUCAGUUCAAACUUGCAAUUUGUCCUGUCUGUAACUAGAGAGUACUCCUUAACCAAAUUUAUGAUUUUGUUUUGAAUUUGCUGUUUUAUUUUGAUAUAAUUUCAUAACUACUUUUUAAUUCUCUUGUGUUUUUGUUUGAUUUAAUCAGGUAGACAUCAAAUACAUUCUUGGCAUAGUUACUGCUUAUUUCCUUCUGCAUUUACUUAUGACCCUAUUUUAAAAUCUACUAUCAUAGUUCAUAGGCCUUUGGAAUCCAAAGAACUUGCCAGCUUGAAAGGGUUGACCUCUGUCUUUCAGAGUGACACUGUAUAAACAUGUACAUUUUAAGGCACUUUCUUUGCUAUAAUAAACAUGCACUCAUCAUUUCUCCUUUUUUGCCUCUAAUUUGAGAUAGUUUAGGGCUUCAUAUGUGCCUGAACUGUGCAGUGCUAACCAAAUUAACAUGCUGUUAGUGAUGCAGUCUAAAGUCUUCACUUGGGUCUAAACUCAUGCAUAUGCACUACUUCUGUGAAUAUAUACAUAUGUACAGUUAUAUAGUUUUAUUUGCAAAUAGGAAGGUAGUCAUUUGUACAUUCUGAAUGCUAUAGAACCAAUAAACAGGGGAUUAGUUUGGGGGCUUAGUGUGAACUUCCAGUUUACAUUCUUAGAACAAGUAAUGAUACAUUUCUCCUAGUGCGAUGGAAUGGGAAUCCCCACAACAAUCCUUUGACUUCAUGGGGCUUUGCACCUACUGUGCAUAAGUAGGGAGGGGGACAAAAUAUCUGUAGCCACGGCAAGUAAGCAAAACCAAGCUGUGAUUAUAUGGAGGCAAUGUUUCCCUUUCCCCACUCCUAUUUUUAGUCCAAGCAUGAAAGCAGCAGCUAUCGCCAUCUUAGGAGUUUGUUUACAAAAGGGCAAAAAAGGGAACACCACCUCCACUCUUAUGCACCCUUGAAUUGUUGGUAGACUUUUCCUUUGUGAAAUAUGUAGCAGAACCAUGUGUCUUCAAGCGUACUGCUCUCUAGAAGUCCAAGUGAAGAGGAACAAUUGCCUACUACAUGGCCUUCUAGAAAUGAGCUCAUCUGUGUUGGUCUUGAAAGAGUGAUAAAUGGGGCAGUACAGCAAAGAUAUCAGAAUACUUUGGCUGCAAUGUUGUAUGCUUGAGGGCCUGCUGCAUGUUGUCAUUGAGGUAAACUUGACCAGUUCCAUCUGAAGUAUAGCUGUGUCUAAAUUCUCAGGAAUGAAGGGGACCAAAUAUAACAUGUCUUAUUCUAACUCAUUUUUCAAAGAGUUUUGUUACCUCAGCACUUUUUUUGUUCUGUUAUAUAUUCUGUACAUAAUGUUAAUAAAUGUAACUUUGGAAAACAA